AUGGAUAGGACUGAAAUUACAGUGUUUCUCAAUGGGCAUUUAACUCAAAGCUGUAAAAUCCGCAUCCGGCCCCACAUGUCCGUCAAAGAUAUCCUCUCAGAAUCAUCUGAAAAAUUUAAUCUCCACCUUAAAAGGUCUUUUAAAAUUUUCGAUUCUACAGGAGGCGAAAUAUCUGACGAAGACCUAGAUAUGCUCAACCCAGACGAGCCUUUAUUCCUAUCUCGUGGUGAAGCUUUCCUACGGCAAUCCAGCAUGGCUAUAUACGAAGAACUCAAAAAAUUAGGACAAGGAGGUUUCGGAUCUGUAUCCUUAUAUAAAAAUAAAUUAACUAAAGAAGAGGUAGCUAUCAAAGUGGUCAGCUACAAAACUUUGGUUUCCCAUGAAGAUGUAAGUAGAGUUUAUACAGAAAUGAUGCUAUUAAGAAGCUUAAAACAUCAAAAUAUUGUAAAAUUAAUUGAUGCGUUUCCUUUAGAUGACAAGCUUUGUUUUGUUAUGGAAUAUUGCAGUGGAGGAGAACUUCAAAAAUAUGUGGAAGAAAAAGGAAAACUUGAUGAAGAAGAAGUUUUCAGUUUGGCUGUACAAAUUAUUGGGGCUGUUAGGUAUUGCCAUAAUAAUAAGGUGAUACAUAGAGACUUGAAACUGGAAAAUGUGCUUUUUUCAAACAGAAAUAAAAAUGUAAUUAAAAUCGUGGAUUUUGGAAUUGCGGGGAUGUGCAGCGCAAGUGGGAAGGGGCAAAAAUCAGACUCCGGGAGCUUGAUGUAUACAGCGCCUGAAGUAAUUUCGAGGACUGAUAAUAGAGCAUCGCCGGCGCUUGAUAUAUGAAGCUUAGGAUGCAUUUUUUAUGCGUUAUUGACAGGAAGUUUGCCGUUUCAAGGAAAUACAGUUGCUCAAAUUGUACAGAAUAUAGACCAGGAGUGAUUUUAGAUCGCCUUUGGCUAGGAGGAUGCUUGGAAAAUCUCCGAGUUGGUUUUUCAACUUAAGAUGACGAGCCAGUUCGGGGAGUUUCCAAGCAUUCUCCUAGCUCAGGGAGAUCUAAAAUCACUCCUGGGCUAUAUUGUUAAUGUGAAUUAUGCACCUCUUCCUGCAUCGGUUUCCAACUACUGGCGGCAUUUGAUUACAAAUAUUUUUCAAAAAAACCCUGAAAAGAGGUGGAGCAUGCUCAAAAUUUCUAUCCAAAUUUCCUUAACUUUAGGUCUUUUAUAAUAUUUAUUAUUUAUAUUUAUUUAAAAUAUAAAAAAUUAUUCAUUACUUAAUAUAUUAAUUAUAUAGAUAAAUGCAGAUACGGAAGCAGAGAUUUGUCGAUUAGUAGCAAUGAGGAAGAAAUUCCUGUAAUUAAAAAGGAGGAAAGUAAAAAGAGCAUUGCAAAUCAAAGAAUUAUUAUAAGAGAUGAGUUACCUGGACGAACAAUUUUGACUGGAAAUGGAAAUAGAUGCUCUCAAAUAAAGAAAAGGACCUUGAUAGAUAGUGAAAAAAUAUCCUCUAGAAAUAAGUCACCUGAAAGGCAAAAAAUAUUGCAAUUAAAAGAAGUGCUAUCAGCUAGAAAAAGCAGAGGCUUUACAGUGAUAGCUAAAAGUUCAAGCGAUGCAAUACUGAAGAAAAAUCUUUAUCCACUGAGAAUUGAGAAAAAAAAGACUUGUUUAAAUUUAAAAUAA